CUGUGAGGAGCCGCCAUGCCGACGGCCGCCGCCGCGCCGCCUCCCCCUCCGGCCGGUGGAGAAGCUGAGGCACUAAUACCUUAAGACCUACAUUUUCAUGCUUGCUUGACUUGAAAAACAGUAUCCCACCUCUUCAAGACUUGACAGCGUGAAAUCUAAUGAAACAGUGUUAGUGCAUUUUGGUACUGGAAUGAUGAUGACUGCUCUAGAAGCUGUCAAGAAGAAGCAAAAUUGUACUAGUGUUCACGAGGCAGUGAAAGCUGGUGAUGUAGAACAGCUUGCAUCAAUGAUAAAAAGUGGAACUGGUAUUAAUGAGGUGGAUUUAGUCCACAAAUUCACACCGUUGCACUGUGCUGCACACUGUGGAAGUCUGGAGUGCCUUCACUGGUUGCUGUGGCAUGGAGCUGAUACAACACAUGUAACUGUCAGAGGCUGGACAGCAGCUCACCUUGCGGCUAUCCGAGGUCAGGAUGCUUGCAUGCAGGCUUUGUUAAUAAAUGGAGCAAAUGCAGAAGCUCAAGAUGAUCGUGGGUGCACUCCGUCACACUUAGCUGCAGCCCAUGGGCAGUCUUACACCUUACAAACCAUACUGCGAAGUGGAGCGAAUGUAAAUGUUUCAGACAGGAAUGACUGGAAGCCUGUUCAUUAUGCUGCUUUUCAUGGUCGCUUGGGGUGUUUGCAGCUUCUUAUUAGAUGGGGAGCAUGUAUAGAUGAUGUGGAUAACAAUGGAAACCUUCCAGCUCAUCUGGCAGCAGUGGAAGGACACUUGCAUUGCUUUAAGUUCUUGGUCAGUAAAAUGGCCAGUGUCAUGCACACACUGAAAGCCAGGAAUGACCAAGGAGAGACUCCAAGGGACUUGGCUGAACGGUUCUAUAAAGAUAAUAUUCUGCAAUAUAUUGAUGGUGUGGAAAAAGAGGGGGAGCAUCCAGAGGCACAGGAAGUUUUAGCUUUCCCAGCUCAUUGCGCUGCUUUCAAAGGGGAUUUGUUAGUGCUUAGAAGAUUAGUGAGAAGUGGAGUAAUCAAUAUUAAUGAGCGGGAUGAUAAGGGAUCCACUCUCAUGCACAAAGCUGCUGGACAGGGACAUGUCCAUUGCUUACAGUGGUUGAUUGAAAUGGGAGCUGACUGUGACAUUACAAAUGAUGCUGGAGAGACUCCAAAGGAUGUAGCCAAGAGGUUUGCCCAUCUGGCAGCUGUGGAACUUUUGACACGAAGAACUGGAGACAGUAACUCUAGUGAUGAAGAACUGGAUGCGAACAACAUAAAGUUUUUUGAAAGACAUGGUGUGGAAGGAAGUACAGAUAGCAAAGAAGAUUUAACACUGGAUAAAGCAGACAAAAGGAAUGCACGCAUAAGGGCCUAUCACAAGAUUCAGGAACUUCAGCAACUUCUAGAAAUUGCCUACAGCAACUAUAGGCAGCUGGGAGGAAUAACUGAAGAGGAGAAGAAGAUGAAAAAAGAAGAAAGGGAAGUUGAGAAGACUGUGAGGGAGCUGGAGGCCCAGCUGGAAUAUGAGCGAGUCAGGCGGGAGAAGCUGGAGAGCCAGCUGGAUGACUACCGUGCUGAGAUAAGCCACCUUAGGGAGAGCCUGGAGAAGACCCGCAUCCCCCCUGCUGUCCCCGUGGAAGCUGAGACCAUCUCCAAGUCUUGCAAAGAGAAAAAGAAGGUAAAGAAGAAACCAGCCUGCAGCCCUGGAAGAAUGUUUGUGAGACCGCGCUGAGGAAUGAACCUCCGACAAGGGGCAGGCAGACGGAGGAGGUAGAAUGGCAAUAUUCUACACAAUGCAAAGUGUUUGCAUAGCCCAGCUCCACAGAUGACUUGUGGUUCUCUUCAUUUCAAUGGACUAUUUUUUUAGUUCUCUGGGAUAGAAAAUAUUUUUAAA